UCACGUUAUGCAUGACGCCGCCAUGCCCGUAAAACCCUCCUCUCUCUUGAAUUACCUGCAAAUCGAUGAGUCAUUGGCGAGCUCCAUCUCUCUGCAAAUAAAUAUUCGAGAGACGAAUUUCUGAGAAGAGGGAAGCUUUACGGUUCAAGCCUUCAAGGUGAUAUUUGAUACGCUUUUGAAGCCGCCGCUCUCUCCCUCAAAUCGCCUGAAACCUCUUUGUGUAUAGGGACAGAACCCCAUUUACUGCACAGGGUUUCAGGGCUUCUUCUUGUUUCCAUGGGAUUGAUCUCAAGGAGAGUAUGGAAUGAUAGAGCAAAUUGAGUUUCUUAAUUUUUGUUGCAGCUGAAUAUACACUGCAUAGUGGUACAAACAGAUUCCAGAUGCAAAUAUUAAUGAUGGUUCGGUGAUAAUACCUUUCUUCAGCAAAUGGGCAUAUGGAAAUUGGAUUGAUUAGUUCUUUCGAUGGAAUGUGAUCGGUCUAUGGAUAACAAGACCAUGCAAUCUGCUUCUGAAGACCACAACCUGCAAUGGAAUCAGUGGCAGCUUCUGGACUCCAUUCUUCCAACAGGUGGUUUUGCUCAUUCUUAUGGCCUUGAGGCAGCAGUCCAAACAAGGUUAGUUUCCGAUCCAGAUACCCUUGAAACCCACAUAACCCAUAUUCUAGAAAACACUGGCAGCCUUCUUCUCCCUUACGUUUAUAAAGCAACAAUCUCUCCAAAUAUGGAGACCUGGUUCGAGCUUGAUCGAACACUGAAUGCCACACUGACAAAUGAGAAAAGUAGAAGAGCAUCCAUUGCCCAAGGUUCAGCCCUCUUAAGGGUGGGUGCUUCAGUGUUUACAGAGAUUCCAUUUCUCAAAAAUAUGAGAGAAUUGGCAUUGAAGAGUGAUAAAAUUAAGGUUCAUCAUGCACCAGUAUUUGGGGUCAUAUGUGGGGUCUUAGGGUUUGGUCAUGGUUUUUCUCAAAGGGCUUACAUGUUUUUGACCCUUAGAGAUAUGAUCUCAGCCUCGACUAGGCUGAACCUAGUGGGUCCAAUGGGGGGUGCAGCACUGCACCACCGAGUGGCGAAAAGUGCUGAAGGAUUGGUGAAGAGGUGGAUGGACCGACCUGUGGAGGAGGCGUGCCAAACUGGGCCGUUGCUUGAUGUUGUGCAAGGGUGCCAUGGGUACCUAUUCACAAGGCUGUUUUGCUCUUGAUUUUGAUGUUGAGUCUAUUUAUUGUGGGGUUUGUUUUGAAUUUUUACUAAUGAUCUUAUCUUUUUAUGUGUGUGAGCGUCUGUGUGUAAGGGAGAGAGAGAGGAAGAGAGGGAGAGAGGAAAUAUUUGGAUUUCUCUCAAAUACCUGAGGGAAUGUGAGAGCAUCUCAUGCCUAGGGGUUGAUCUAGUUCUGGUAAAGUUCUAUUUUUAGCUCCAAUUUGGAGCUUUGUCGUUUUUCAAACUUCACUUUUACCCGGUAGUGCGAACUCUAUGCUCAAGAUCUACACUCCUCUUCUAUGUAAUUUGCCUUUGCAAGGGAUUUCCAUUAAGAAAAGGCUAAAGGUUUGAUUGCCAUUUAGUCGCUGUCA